AUUAAUGAAACUCGUCCCCGGAAACCGAUGAAUGCUCCACCUUUCUCGUAAAACCCCUGAUCUGAAUACCUUUUGCUGGGUUAAAAUCGUUGUUGGAUUUACAAAGUGUGAAACAAGGUUAAGUUGUCAAACUGACAUUUGCGUGUGAAAAACCAGGACCGGGUUUCCAGUUGGCCGCACCCACCGGUAUCUAAAUCAGUCAUUAAACUCCAAACAAACCCAUUCCGAGGUGUUAAAAAGCUGGUCCGUUGUGUUAAAAUCCGCGGCGCGACGCUGCGCAUGUGUUUUAGGCGUUAUCCCGGCCGGCGUUGCGCCUGUUCCUGUCACAGCUGUCAGUUUGUGGCUGUUUAUUAGCGUGUUGUUGGGUGUGUGCGUCGUGCGGCGGUGAAAACGUCCGAUUGUUGUGGUGUUUGUUUGCGGAGUUCCGUUCGCCGCCCCCGAGUCGGUCGCCGCCAGUGGUAGGCAACCCGGAUGGGCCUGUGCUGAACUGCUUGCCUAGCUGCCGGCGUCGCCGCCCCACAGGCAUGGUCUAACGAUGGCCGACGAGGAAGUUCUCUUCGACGACGUCUACGAUCUCUGCGAGGAGAUCGGAAGGGGACCAUUUAGCAUAGUUAGACGUUGUAUUCACCGCCAAACCGGUCAACAAUUUGCUGCGAAGAUCGUAGAUGUCGCCAAAUUUACUUCUAGUCCUGGCCUUAGUACGGAUGAUUUGAAGCGAGAAGCCACAAUAUGUCAUAUGUUGAAGCAUCCGCAUAUAGUCGAAUUAUUAGAAACAUACUCGUCCGAAGGGAUGUUAUAUAUGGUGUUCGAAUACAUGGACGGUUCCGACCUGUGUUACGAAGUGGUACGGAGAGCAUCCUCGGGAUUCGUUUACAGUGAGGCUGUAGCUAGUCAUUACAUGCGCCAGAUCCUCGAGGCGUUGCGGUACUGCCACGAGAACGACAUCGUCCAUAGGGACAUCAAACCGGAAUGUAUCCUUUUAGCCACUAAGGAGAAUUCGGCGCCUGUGAAACUUGGAGGUUUUGGAGUCGCCGUCCAAUUACCCGAUAGACAUCCGGCUAAUCCGGGAGAAUGCCUUGUGUCAGAAUACCGGACCAACCUCAGUCCUCUGGGUCAGCAAUAUCUAAAAACUGACAGAGCUGGUAAGCCACACUCGCCAGCGCUUCUCUUGCACCAUCGCAAACGUCGACUGACAGAUCGCCGAGUAGGAUGUCUCAGUUUUAUGGCUCCCGAAGUGAUCGAAAGGCGAUUGUACGGCAAACCUGUGGACAUUUGGGGCGCGGGUGUCCUCCUUCAUAUCCUUCUUUCGGGUGUGUUGCCUUUCCACGGUAGCGGCCGUCGACUGAUGGAAUCCAUUUGCCGUGGCAAACUGCACUUGGAUUCGCCGCAGUGGGAGCUCAUUAGUGAUAGUGCAAAAGACUUAAUACAACAAAUGUUAACUGUGGAUCCCAAACAGAGGAUAACGAUACAGGAAGUUUUAAAUCAUAGAUGGCUGAGGGAUCGCGAUAAGGGACUAAGGAUUCAUCUCGGCGAGUCGGUGGAAGAAUUAAAAAAAUUUAACGCGAGGAGAAAAUUAAAAGCAGUGAUUUUGAGUGCGGUCAAUUCGAGUAAAUGGUAUCCGUAUGACGAAACGAAUUCGGACUCGUUUUCGGACUUCGGAGACGACGAAGUCUCGGCGUGCGCCGUGCAGACGAUCUUGGACUCGCUGGACGAUAUCUCCUGCCUUCAAGAGUCCCAACCCCAAGAGCGCGCGCACCUUCUGGCCCUGCUCGAGGACACCCAUCUUCACAUUCUGCUGGAGUUGUAUGACCGGAUCGCGAGUAAAGUCGUGACACCGAUCAGGGCGCCACCUAGCGACGCCGUACAGAGGGCCAAAGACGCCGCCGACGCUCUCAGGGAACUGGAACAUAGAAGGGAUACGGAUCAUAGGGAUCUCCAAGAGUUGAGAGAUCUGCUUUGCCGGCCGCAUUUUAAGGCCCUUUUACAAGCUCAUGAUGUUGUGGCGCACGAAAUUUACGGCGAAGAUGCUAUGCGGGUCACGCCCCCGCCCCUAUUGCCGUACCUCAACGGGGGCGACGAUCUGGACGGUCCCAACGGCGAGGUGGAAAUGGAAAACGUAACCAGAGUCAGGCUGGUGCAAUUCCAGAAAAAUACCGACGAACCGAUGGGUAUUACGUUGAAGAUGAACGAAGACGGAAAGUGUAUAGUGGCUAGGAUAAUGCACGGAGGGAUGAUCCAUCGACAAGCGACGCUCCAUGUAGGCGAUGAAAUUAGAGAAAUUAAUGGAAUUUCCGUUAUGAACCAAUCCGUUAGUGCUCUCCAAAAAAUCCUCAGGGAGGCAAGAGGUUCAGUCACGUUUAAGAUUGUACCAUCGUAUAGAAGUGCACCACCCCCUUGCGAGUUAUUCCGGAUUAAACCUCUGCCAGUACUAAUUUUCGUUCGAGCCCAAUUCGAUUAUGAUCCUCUCGAGGACGAUUUGAUUCCUUGCGCCCAAGCUGGUAUCGCCUUCAAAACGGGAGAUAUCCUUCAAAUUAUUAGUAAAGAUGACCAUCAUUGGUGGCAAGCCCGCAAGGACAACUCGGCAGGCUCGGCCGGCUUGAUCCCUUCACCCGAAUUACAAGAAUGGAGGGCGGCUUGUGCCGCCAUGGAGAAAACGAAACAAGAACAAGACGUGGAAAAAGGAUGUACUUCUCAUGCUAACGGUUGUGAUGGUACAACAGUCAAUUGCUCAAUAUUCGGUCGGAAGAAGAAACAGUACAAGGAUAAAUAUUUGGCAAAGCACAACGCUGUUUUUGACCAAUUAGAUUUAGUAACUUAUGAGGAAGUUGUAAAGUUGCCAAUGACUGAUCCAGCUUUCCAGCGGAAGACCUUGGUCCUACUGGGGGCACACGGAGUCGGUAGAAGGCAUAUUAAAAAUACUCUUAUAGCUAAACAUCCCGACCAGUAUGCUUAUCCUAUACCACAUACAACGAGGCAACCUAGAGCCGAUGAAGAAAACGGCAGGAAUUAUUUCUUCGUGUCGCACGACGAGAUGAUGGCCGAUAUAGCCGCUAAUGAGUAUUUAGAAUAUGGCACGCACGAAGAUGCCAUGUACGGAACUAAGUUAGAUACAAUCCGUAAAAUACAUCAAGAAGGUAAAAUGGCCAUUCUUGAUGUUGAACCUCAAGCACUCAAAGUGUUGCGUACUGCUGAGUUCUCACCAUAUGUUGUGUUCAUUGCUGCUCCGGCUUUGCAAAACAUUGCAGAUUACGACGGUAGUUUAGAACGACUCGCCAAAGAAUCUGACAUGUUGCGUCAGGCCUACGGGCACUACUUCGACUUAACAAUCGUUAACAAUGAUAUCGACGAGACGAUCGCGGCCUUGGAAGCGGCCAUCGAGCGCGUCCAGACCACUCCUCAAUGGAUUCCCGUCUCUUGGGUCUACUGACAACAGCCUUCAUUGGAAUACGGCUCACUGCAGAACUUCUGAGCCACGCUUUCACCGGUGUUUAUUGAAGUGAAUUAACAGUGAAAGAAGCUGCACCAACACACCACACACACACACACACAUACUUGACACAGUAGUCUGAAAAAAAAUGAAAUCGCUAGUGUUUUGUGUUUUUUCGUUUUUCUUUAGCCAAACGGGUUUUGCAGUACUUCCAAAGACACGCUGAUACCAAAGCCGAAUUUGUUUCGUUUGCUAAGUAUAGGAUUAGAAAUAGAGAUGUUGAAUGUAACGUUUCGUUCGACACCCGAUCUUCAUCAGUAGUUUCAUAGUUUCUAAACCUACACAACGCACAAUUCAAUGAAAUUUGAAAACAACGUAAAGAAACGAUAAUUUGCUUCAAUAUAAGAAAAAAUAUAGCAAUACGUCUGAAGUAUUAAAAACUUAACCGUAAUUAUUAUAUAAUGUGAUUAAUGAUGUUAAAAGUGCUCACAAGUACUAUUAAAAAUGCGAAUAACUCGACAACGUCAAAAUUCUGAUUACGACCUCACUCAUUUCUUGCUUUGAUUUGAUUGGUUCGCGAGCUUGUUAACGAAAAACAUAUCCGAUUCGAGGAUGACUAGGAAAUUUUGAUGGGAAAACCAACUGUGAAACGCAUCAAAUUCUAGAUUUAUGAAAUAUUGUACUAUAAAGCUUUUCAAUUUUUGAUAGUGAGAUAAUUGUUCUCUUUUAAGGCAGUGGGGUUUAAUUUUCAUAAUUUUCCGCUGUUAUAAAUUUAUAGAUAAGUGCCAUUGUCGAUUUUAUGUAAAGAAGUCAUUAUUUCAGUUACGAUUGAACACUAAAAAAUUAAAAAAAAACGAAAAACACAUUCAUUAAAACUUAUACAAGUGAUUGCUUCCUCAAAUAAGUGUACCUACCUACUUAAAAAAUGAACUAAAGGGUAUUCCUAACAUAAUUUGAUAAAAAGUAGUGUAGCGUUUUAAAAGUUUGCAUUUAUUUGAAACAUUAGGACAAUGUAGGUUCAAUAUUUCUGAAAUAAAAUGUAAUAUAACAUGA